AUGUCUCCCUCCCAGUCACAACCGACGUCGAACUCUGCCUCAGGCCAGCCAACCAAUUUGACAUCCAAUAACACAAACGACGAGCUACGUGCUCCUCGUUUAACGGAUCCUGCGUUUAGUCAGGGAGGGAAUGGAGAGUCACAAAACAAGGAGACGGUGGAUAUCAACGCUACUACAAGUUCCAACGUCGGCGGCAGAAUGGCAGAUCCUCCGAAUAGAAGGUUGAAACUCACUUUGAGCAAUCAAGGUGCUCAAUCGACUUCUCGAGAGCAACUUUCUUCGGGAGAAUCCUCCGAGUCAAGUGGUAGUGACGGCAAUAUGCUGAUUAAGAAGGAUAAAGUUCGCUUCAACAAUUUUACAAAGGAACAGAAAGCGGACAAACAAUCCUUGGUUGAUGCUCUCGUAGACGCAAUUGAGCACGGGACGGAGAAACAAGUUAGAACCUUGUCGUCUGAACUUAAUGUGAAGUAUGGAAACGGAGCACCUGUUCUCCCUCGCUUAAGCAAGCCUCCACCAUCGUCAGACCAAGGACCCAGCGAAAUGGGGAAAAACCAGAGACAGAAAAAGAACUUGAAACGGAAGGACAAGAAGUCAGUUUCGGAGCCCCCUUCCUCUGCCGAAAUACAACCCCCAACAAAGAAGGGGAAGAAACGUUCCAAGGGCAAGAGGAAAGCUCUCGAAGUCCAAGACUUUCCUUCCGACUCUUCCAGUUCUUCGAGUUCAUCCGACUCGUCCUCCGGUUCGAAGACAGAAUCGGGGAAGUCAUCAGGGUCCUCUUUGUCGACCAAGAAAGGAAGUGACGACUCCAGUGAUUCUUCCUUGGAGGAAGAUUCUGAGCUGAGCUUCGAAAAUCGACGUGCAACCUUCCUCUACCUGGAACAACUCCCAGCCGGCUCAACCAGCCUUUCAUCACAAUUGGUUUGCUCACCAACCGGCCACUUCGGUAAACCCUCCAGCAGCUUCAUCGGAAGCCUUGUCUUUGGCCCCUGCUGGGAACGCGGCUUAUGUCAACAACAAUUACAAAGGGAAGAAACCCUGGAGACCAGCUGGGGAAAGCGGGAAGGAGGCUGCCCCAACUCCACCCAGACUUCUUCGCAGUUGUGA